UAAUCAACAUGUCUGGUCGAGGUAAAGGCGGUAAAGGUCUAGGAAAAGGGGGCGCCAAACGUCACCGAAAGAUUCUUCGCGAUAACAUCCAAGGUAUUACCAAACCAGCCAUCCGUCGUCUUGCCCGCCGUGGCGGUGUCAAGCGAAUUUCUGGCCUGAUCUACGAGGAGACUCGUGGCGUUCUAAAAGUUUUCCUCGAGAAUGUGAUCCGUGAUGCUGUGACAUACACAGAGCACGCCAAGAGAAAGACUGUCACAGCCAUGGAUGUUGUGUACGCUCUGAAGAGACAAGGCCGCACUCUCAAGAUGCCAGCUAAAGUUGCAGGAAAGAAGGGCGAGAAGAAAGCCGGAAAGGCGAAGGCUAUUGUUGAUGGAAAGAAGAAGAGGAGAGGAAAGAGAAGGGAAAGCUAUGCCAUCUACAUCUACAAAGUGUUGAAGCAAGUUCACCCUGACACUGGUAUCUCCAGCAAAGCCAUGGGCAUCAUGAACUCGUUCGUUAACGACAUCUUCGAGCGCAUCGCCACCGAAGCAUCCCGUCUCGCCCACUACAACAAGAAAUCAACCAUCAGCUCUCGCGAGAUCCAGACCGCCAUUAGGCUGCUUCUGCCCGGCGAACUGGCUAAACACGCCGUAAGUGAAGGAACCAAGGCUGUGACCAAGUACACCAGCAGCAAGUAAACUCACUCUGUGGGUUUCCCGCCUAAAACAAACGGCUCCUUUAGGAGCCACCAAAUGUCAUGAAAGUCGAUGCAAUAUGAGCCUGAAUGAAAAUUUUUCUCUUAAAUUUCAUUUCUGUCGAUUGCGAUGUUCCCGUAACCUAGAAAAAAGAGUUUUAUGUAUGUUCUGUUUAAAACUGACAGUCUUAUUGAGACGAA